GCUGAGCUGCCGCCGCGCACCUUCCUCUUUCGGCUACUGUGUCGCGCAACAGACAAACAUUCCAAACCAGAACAAACCAAACCAGUUUUGUUUUGUUGUUGUUUUUAUUUGGCCUGACGCGUCCUACCUCGCGUCACCUGCCCACCUCUCCCCAAAAUAAUAAGAAUUUAUCUAUCUCCCCAGCUCACUCGUCCGCCCGUCUGCACCUUUGCGCGCCCGACGCGACCGGACCGCCUUCGUCUCUCCGCCUCAGGCAUCAACGUCUGCUAUCUCACCUGACUGUCAUCUGACUUCUUCCUUUUCCCUUCCCGGGUCUUACCGAUUUUGGGCGUUUCUGUCUCUUUCCAAUCUUGAGUUUGCAUUCGCCAGCUUAGUCAUACCACUCGCCGCCCACGUGACUGGGUGUUUUCUGCCGGCUUCUUGGCAACAUAAAUUCUUCCUUCCUGUCGCAUUCUCCACUCCCUCGACCUUCACUCUGUUCCCUCCUUCUGUAUCUCCACAACAACCUCUUCGCGUCACACGCUCCCCAGAGGGUCGAUUGUCAUAUUGUCAAACCAUCCGCGCCUUUACUGUCCCGCGUUUAUUUUUCUGUCAUCUAAAAUACCUGCUUUCUACUCGACCGGAGAAUCGAAUCGAAGUCGAGUUAUAGUGUGUGAUAACGCAGAACGUAUCCAGUUGUUUACUGCUGUUGCUACGUUACUAAACCUACCGUUUCCCAAGACGCGUCUGUUGCCCUGCUAGACAUUGUAUUCUGGUCCCCCUGGAGGACCGACAGUGACCUCAAUGGCGACUCCGCCUCCCGAGGCCACUACUUUCCCUAAGGAAGACAAGCCUCAGCUACCUCCUUCGCCAAAUGGUUUUAACAUUGGAGACAAAGGUGCCCAAAACGCAGUCAUCGAUGUCAACACAGUUGAACCCGCCAAGCCCGCGGAGGCGAUCGUGGAACCCUUUAAGACGACUGGAGUGAAUGGUCAUGCAGACGCUCAGAGCCUGCCUGCCAACGGUGAUGAUGAACCCAAAGAAACCAAUGGAUCAGUCUUGAAAGCACCCGACAACCCCUCUACCGAUGCCGUCGUGCAGCCAUCGAACUCUGUUGAAAAUGAAGCUGGACUCUCAAAUAAUACGGAGACUGCGGCCUCUCAAGCAUCACAGGCAGGUGUCCAGGAGACUUCGACUUCAAAUGAGCACACUGCGAAGGAAGGGGUAAAUGCUGGGGCUGUGAAUGGUGCUCCUGUGAAGGAUGCGCAGACCCAGCAAAAUGCGCCUCAGUCACCCCCAUCAUCAGAUCCCUUGCCAGGGAAUAUUGAUCCUAAGCUUCAAGAGGCGGCGCCUACUUCUGAUCCUACUGCGCUCGACACAAACCUCCCCAUCCAUCCAAUGGCUAACGUGCAACGUGACGCCGUUACUGAUCAUCACCCUGCUAACAACGAAACCCCGGCACUGAUAACGCAAAAUGCUGACCAGGAAAUGCAAGAUGCUCCGGGUCCAGUCUCCCCGACUAAGGUUUCGAGGGAAAGAGAGGAUGAUCUGGGUGACGAGCCUGCUGCGAAACGUACGAAGCUUGCGGGCGAAGCAUCAAGACCCCCUGAGUUGACCGCUCCAGAGUUUCCUGCACCUGCCGCAAAUGUGCCAGCUGCUCCCGCUCCAGUGAGCCAACACAUGACAAAAAUGCAGCACAAGUUCCUCACCAAAAGUAUCCAGACCUUGAAGCGCAUGCAAGACUCGCGCUUCUAUAAAGAACCCGUGGAUCCGAUAAAAAUGAACAUCCCUCAGUACUUCGACAUCAUUAAGAACCCCAUGGAUCUCGGUACUAUCGACCGUAAAUUGAAGAACGAAAUGUACCCUACUGCUCAGGCUCUCAUUAACGAUUUUAACUUGAUGGUCCAGAAUGCAGUGACGUUCAAUGGAAUUCAACAUUUGGUGGCGCAGGAAGGUCUGAGGUUGAAAGCAAUGUUCGAAAAGCAGCUGAGCCACCUUCCUCCUGCGGAUGCCGUUGAAGAAAAGAAACCAAAAAAAGCUAAGGCACCCCGUCGUGAGCGAGCUCCACCGUCUGGGCCGAGAGUCAAUGCCGCCUCUCCUCAAGCCACCACCUUCGCACUAGGUCCGGAAGGCCUGCCACUUAUUCGCCGUGACUCUACAACUGCUGAUGGCCGUCCGAAGCGCUCAAUCCAUCCGCCGAAGCGCGACCUUCCCUACUCCACGAAACCAAAGAAGAAGAAGUAUCAGUGGGAGUUGAGAUUCUGCCAGGAGACUCUGGAUGAGCUUCACAAACCGAAGUACUAUAACUUCGCAGCGCCAUUUUACUAUCCAGUUGACCCUGUCGCACUUAACAUUCCUUCGUACCACAAUAUCAUCAAGAAACCUAUGGAUCUAUCUACGAUUCAGUCGAAACUUAGAACCGGCCAAUAUGAGAAUGCCAAAGAGUUUGAAUUUGACAUCCGUCUGAUGUUCAAAAAUUGCUACAAGUUCAACAUAGUGGGUGAUCCCACUUACGUUGCUGGUCAACAACUUGAAGAUCUUUUUGAUAGAAAGUGGGCGCAGAAGGGACGCUAUCUUGAAGCUCAUGAACCGCAGCCAGAGCCUCAGGCAGACUCCUCGGACGAAGAAAAUAGCGACGAGGCUGAUAGUGAUGCCGACCAGAAAGUUGUUGCCUUGCUCCAAAAGCAGAUUGCUGAGAUGAGCCGUCAGGUCGAGGCAAUCCAAAGGAAGAAGAAGACCCCUCCGGGAUCCAAGAAGGCAACGAAGACCAAAGCUGGUAAGAAGGACUCGACUAAAGGUAGAGUGAAAGAAAAGAAAUCUGGCGCCAAGCUGAAGACGGAAAAACCACGUUGGGUCACAUAUCAAGAAAAGCAGCUCAUCUCCAAUGGUAUCGGUAGUCUUCCAGACAAGAAGAUGCAGGAGGUUCUGAGAAUCAUCCAGAAUAACGUUCCGGCUCUCAAGGGUACCCAAGAGACAGAGAUCGAACUUGAUAUCGAUGAGCUUCCCAAUGAGGUCCUACUUAUGCUGCUGAAUUUUGUCAAGAAGAAUGUGCCAAACAUCGCGGAUGACGAUGAAGUGCCGGCUCCACUCGCGAGUGCCGUCCCUCCCAAGCCGAAGAAAAACAAGCCAAUGAGCAAGCAUGAACAGGAAGCCCAGAUAAAUAUGCUGGAGAGCAAUCUUUCCCGCUUCCAAGGCUCGGCCCAUUCACCUGAUCCUGUUCCUUCAGUUGAAGCCAACGAGAGCAGUGAUGAGUCCGAAGACACUGAAGAAAGCGAGGAGGAGUAGAUUGGUGCCAGUAUUUGAGGAACACGGGAAACAGCCUCGGUCUUUAACCAGGGGACUGCUUUCUGUCCUCAUUCUGCUCUGUAUCUGCGUCUGUUCCAGUUUUAUUUACUCAGCUGCUGCUUCGUUUUUUACUUUACAUUUCUGUUCCUUGAACGCUUUGCCUGCUACGGCGAUUUCGUUUGAGCUGAGAGGGGAAAAGAAAAAACAGUUAACAAAAAAAAACGAAGUUGUCUGCAAAUCCCUCUAUUGACCAUACUACCCUGUACAUAUCCUAUGCUCUCUGCCCUCUGUCCUAGCUUUUCCUUCUCGGGCUCUGUCAAUCCUAUAUCCCUUGGCUUUCCUCUCACCACAUUUUGAAAGUCGACAGGUCCGACUUGUGUUCAACAGCUCUUGACGUUUGCCCCUUUCCACAUUUUGUUUUAAGUUUUUAAUUUUCAUUGUCUUCUCCUCUUCUUUCUGCGAAACAGAACUUUGACUUGCCUUCAAAGUCAACUCUGUGCUUGGUCCGAGGCGGGAAGGGGUUUCCAUCCUUUACUACUCAUCAUGUUCCAUCCAUUUAAGCGCGAAAACGGAUUUGGGUAAAGGUGACCGGCCAUAUUCCGAAUUAAUACUGACCCAACCACCUUACUCAUCUCAACGACGGCAACCUUUUUACUCUUCUGACCUUCCCAGUCGAAAUCAGUGUUAUUUGGCAGCAUAGGUUGCGAUUGUGGCUCUUCUCAUGCCGCUCGAGGCGCUUUACGAAUGCAAUGGUGACGGAGCAAUGGCUGGGAUAGCGUUUAGAUAAGACGUGUGUAUGAUUAUGAAAGAAAUGAAAAAUAGGGAAAAUAUGAAGGACUGGAGGCUUUCUGUGC